UUUACCAUGUGUAUUUGUUUACAUCUUGUAAAUCGGACGAUUUGUGUUUCAAAACAGAACCUUUAAAAUGUGUUCAAACGCAAUUAAAAACAACAUUUAUGUAAGCAUCUAAAAAAAUUAAACUAACUUCAAAAACUUAUGUAAUACAACCUGACAUUCAAAACCCUUGCAGACAUUUGAGGUUAUAAUGUCACCCAUUCGGCCGUUAAAAUUAUGAGGACGGGCAGAAUUUUUCGGGCCAUAUGAUUGGCUGCAGGUGACAUAAAUGAAGAAAGUCGAACGGAGGUGGCGGACAAUUGUAAUUCCGGCUUAAUGUUUGGUAAUGUUUAAAAGUUACUGAAUAGGUUAGAACCAAGGAUUAGAACAGCAGUAAAAGUAUUGUAGAAGAUUGAACAGUAUUUGGCUUAGUGAUCGAACACGCGAUGAAUCAAAUUCAACAAAAACAUUCAGGGAAGAAACAAGCUAAGAGAAAAAUCUCGGCGCGCAAUACUCUAGCGACUCCGUAUAGUCCCUACUGGCCCCUGGUAAGCCCGCAACAAGAAGUGGAGCUGGAAGAAGCCCUCAGCAAAUUGCUGCCGCUGGCCAAGCGCACGCACAAGCACGUCCCAUUGGCCGAGCUGCGCAGGCUGACGAGGGAGCAGCGCAGGGAGAGGAGGAAGUGUUCCGAUGAGACGCCAAGCAACUUGAGCGGGUCGCUGGUGCUGGGCGUGAACGCUGUGAACCGGACGCUGGAAGCUGGCGUGCUCAGCUGUGCGCUGGUGGCAGGCGACGUGAAGCCGCGCGUCCUCGUGAGCCACCUGGCCGUGCUGGCGGCCGCGCGAGCCGUGCCUCUGCUGGUGCUGCCGUCGCUGCGCCGCGCCAGCCGGGAGGCACUGGGCUUCUCCGCCGUCGCCCUCGGCUUCAAGGUGCGCUCCUCGGGGCUCCUCUUGGCUCCUCUAACUUCUUCCACGAAGAGCACGGCGGGCAGCGAGCACCGGCCGCUGGUGGAGCUGGUGACCCGGCUGUGGGCGGCCGUGCCGCCACCAGACCAGGCGUGCGCGCUCGCCGACGACAGCCCGGAGGACAGCUCCGACGGCGAGGCGCGCUCGGACACAGACCUGGCCCGCGGCACGGCGCUCCACCUGCGCAGGACGUCGCGCAAGGAGCGAGCCUUCCAGCCGGACGCCGCCCGGGACGCGCGGCGGUCCCCGCCCCCCGCGGCGCUGCCGAGCUUCAUAUCGCUGCCGUCCGGCCGCCAGCCCGCCACGCAGUUCCGUCCGCUCACGAUCAAGAGGGUGCAGCCCAAUCCCCACAAAGUUAGGAAGCAGAAAAAGGCAGGACCGAAGGUCUCAUGACCGUAGUUCUCCCAACAGUGCAAUCGGAGCCGAACCAUAUGGGGAAGCCUUCAUUUCACAGACGGGAGAGCCACACCCAAAGUUCAUGCUCGCUUUUUAUUUUCCACCGUUAUAUCUCAUUGUAUAAACCGGUGUGGCAUUAAAUUUUGCGAUCGAUAAGGAUAGGUUAGCUACAUUAUAAAUUCUUUAAAACAUUGUAGAUGGUUGGUUAUAUUAGGUAAGCAUAGCUACAUUAGAAGUAUUUACAAUGAACAAAAAAAAAACUCCAAAGAGACACAAUCGGGCGUUUGGCUCUCUCGUCUGUGAAAACAAGGCUUCCCAUCUUUAUGUUGCUGUGCGUAUUGUAAUUAAAUACUAUUUGUUGGGCUGGACCAUGGAUUUUUCAUUGUGGUGGAAUUGUGAGAUAAAAUCUGAGGACUCAUUAUGAAAGAAAAAUUUCCUUUUGAUUGCACGACACUGACUGGUAAAAUGGCUUGAAAACAGCCCACGUAGUUCUGUCAGUUGGUGGUCAUGUGGUCUGGCUUGGUGUAGCUAGCUCUCUGGGAACAAUACCCCAAUACUUUACUUGCUCUCUGCAGCACUGGUUAUACAGUGCAACCAAAAUGACUUUGAUAUCAACACCUUUUAGAAAAUUACAUUCAAUACGUUGUAUUGGUGUUCACAACAGAGAUUGGGAAAGUGCAGGCGUGUAUUUGUAUGCUUUAUGGUAGUAGUCACUUCAGUAAUUUGUACAAUUAUCACAAGUUAUGUUGUCUAAACCAUCAAAUGAUAUAACAGAAAUUAAAAUUGGUGUUUUUUAAUUGGUAAAA